AUGAUUUCGAUGCUGUCUACAACGGUGCUGUUGCUGGCCUGUGCCGGGCAUGGCGUCCUCGGCCAGUUCGUGGCGCCGCCGACGAAUCUGACCAGCAAGCAAGGCUACGCCAACAUCACGGUCCGCUACAAACCGGUGCCAGCGGGCAUCUGUGAGCAAGACCCCGACGUCAAGAGCUUCUCUGGGUACGCGGACGUGGCGCCCGACCAGCACAUCUUCUGGUGGUUCUUCGAGGCCCGCAACGUCGACCCCAGCGAGGCGCCGUUGACCAUCUGGAUCAAUGGCGGGCCGGGCUCGUCGUCCAUGAUCGGCUUGUUCCAAGAGCUGGGCCCGUGCCGAGUCAAUGCCGACGGCGAGGCGGUCGACAACCCGUACUCCUGGUCCAACGUCACCAACCUCCUCUUCAUCGACCAGCCCACCGAGGUCGGCCACAGCUAUUCUAUCCCUGUGCCAGCCUACCUCGACCCGACCUCACAACUGCUGGUCCAGCUACCCAACAACAGCUGCCCGGACUACGCCAGCGACUGGGACUGCGGCACCUACUCGUACUUCAACGAGUCCCUGACCGCCAACAGCACCCCAGCCGCCGCGCCCAACCUGUGGAAGACCCUGCAAGGCUUUAUGGGCGCGUUCCCCCAGUACUCUAGGCACGACGUUUUCUUCACCACCGAGUCGUACGGCGGUCACUAUCUUCCCCUGUUCUCCAAGUAUUUUCUGCAGCAGAAUGCCAAGGGCGUCAAAGGCGCCCACAAUAUCUCGCUGGUCGGUGGCAUGAUCGGGAACGGCUGGUAUGACCCGUUGAUCCAGUAUCAAGCCUACUACAACUUCACCGUGUACCCGGGCAAUACGUACGGGUAUUCUCCCUUUAAUCAGUCGGUUAAAGACCAGAUGUACAACAACCUAUACGGCGCAGGUAACUGCUAUGACCAGACGGUCGACUGCAACGUGGGCAAGAUCGACGAGAUCUGCACGGCGGCGGACAAUUUCUGCUACCAGCAAGUGGAGAACUUGUACGACAUCUACCUGGAGCGCGACGAGUACGACGUGCGAUACCUGAUGCCGAACCCGUUCCCACCGUCAUCGUACGUCGACUAUCUGAAUACGGAGCGGGUGCAGCGCGCCAUCGGCGCCUAUGUCAACUACACGGAGGCGAGCGCGGCGGUGAGUGCGGCCUUCACCACGACGGGCGACGACGACCGCGAACUCGGCACCGUCGAGGCCAUUCGCGACCUGCUGGCCCACAACGUCUCCAUCACCAUGUACUUUGGGGAUGCCGACUACAACUGCAACUGGCUGGGCGGUCAGGUGGUGGCCGACCACGUCAACGCCACCGGCUACGCCGCCGCCGGCACCGGCUUCGUCAACAUUUCCACCUCGGACCACGUCGUGCACGGCCAGGUGCGCCAGGCCGGCCACUUCGCCUUCGUGAGAAUCUACCAGUCGGGCCACCUCGUGCCCUUCUACCAGCCGCUCGUCGCCCUCGAGAUGCUCGACCGCGUCAUCCACGCCCGCGACAUCGCCACCGGAAACACCACCGUCACCCCGGCCUAUCGCACAAAGGGGCCUAAGCUAUCCUCCUUCCACGAAGGCAACGCCACCGUGCAGUUCGACGUCACGCCCCCCGAUUCCGUCUACAACACCACCACCAACUUGCCCCAGAACGCCACCGACGCCAGCCAGCCCCCGUCCAGCUCGAAAUUGUCCAAGAAAUCCGCUCGUCCCUACAGGCCCGCCCGUUCCCGGAAGAGAGCCCUGAUGCUGGGCCAGAGUCCGAGUCAGGCCCAAGGUCCACUCGGUCGCUGGAUGUGA